CUCUCGGACUCCGUCUUGAUUUGGUUCCAUGAGUGAUUUUACAUCAUCUGGUUUAUUUUGCUAUGAGCAAUUCUCUUAGACGUCCAAAGUCACUGAGUGUUGUCUUGCUUUAAAGACGGUGAUUGAGACUUCAUGCACAAAAGCCUAUCCGAACAGCUGGUAGUGAGUUACUUACAGGAAGCGGUAACUUGUUGGUUUUCUUUUCCUUUCGGGUGAGUUAUGUUACUGCAGCAUGAGCAUUUCCCUUUUCACCAGAGAAGAAAGAAUCGUUGGGGCUAGGGGCACUUCGGAAGGAAGAGGUUCGACAAAAUUGAUAUUUUGAAAUAUUUGGGGAAUCAAAUGACAGCAAUACAAUGAGCUUCCGAGGAAAGGUUUUCAAACGGGAGACCAGUGAGUUUUGGAAGAAGAGACGGACAGUGAGAAGAACAAAUCAAGAGGAAGUCCACAGGCUUGGUUCCCAAGAAAAACCCAGGUUUCCCGAGCCUUUGGAUUAUGAAACUGUCAUUGAAGAACUUGAAAAGACAUAUCGGAAUGAUCCCCUCCGAGAUCUCCUCUUCUUCCCCAGUGACGACUUCUCGAGUGAACAACAUAAAAGAAACAAGAUGAAAGAAGGAAUUCAAAAGGAAUGGAAAAAUACUGCCACGGUUCCUUGGGAUAUCCGAACGCUGUAUUCAACGGUGCCUGAGGACGCAGAGCACAAAGCAGAAAGUUUACUGGUGAAAGAGGCCUGUAAAUUUUAUAGUUCCCAGUGGUACGUGGUAAACUACAAAUACGAACAAUAUUCUGGAGACAUUCGACAGUUGCCCCGAGCAGAAUACAAACCAGAGAAACUUCCUUCACAUUCCUUUGAGGUUGACCAUGAAGAUGCUGAUAAGGAUGAAGAUACCACCUCCCACUCGUCUUCCAAGGGCGGUGGGGGUGCCGGAGGAACUGGCGUUUUCAGGUCUGGCUGGCUCUACAAGGGGAACUUCAACAGCACCGUGAACAACACCGUUACCGUCCGGUCAUUCAAAAAGCGCUACUUCCAGCUGACUCAGUUGCCUGACAGCUCCUACAUCAUGAACUUUUACAAAGAUGAAAAGAUAUCCAAAGAACCCAAAGGCUGCAUCUUUUUGGAUUCCUGUACAGGUGUGGUGCAGAAUAACAGACUAAGAAAAUACGCCUUUGAAUUGAAAAUGAAUGACCUGACCUAUUUUGUGCUGGCGGCUGAAACAGAGUCAGAUAUGGAGGAAUGGAUCCACACCCUCAGCCGCAUCCUGCAAAUCAGCCCUGAGGGGUCCCUUCAGGGUCGGCGGAGCGCAGAGCUCACGGACCUGGGCCUGGAUCCGCUGGAUAAUUCUAUCCCAUGUGAAUGCACACCAGAAGAAACAGAUUCUUCAGAGAACAGCCUACAUCCAGACUUUGCAAAAUACCUCACAGAAACCGAAGAGACUGUCAAAGCCACUCGAAACAUGGAGCGGCUCAAUCUCUUCUCGAUGGAUCCAGAUAUAGAUACCUUGAAACUUCAGAAAAAGGAUCCUUUAGAACCCGAGUCUGGGAUCAAACCAUUUGAAGAAAAAGCUGCCAAGAGAAUCAUGAUCCUUUGUAAAGCUCUCAACUUCAACCUUCAGGGAUGCGUUACGGAGAAUGAAAGUGAUCCAAUAACGAAUAUUGAGCCUUUUUUCGUGAGCGUGGCACUGUAUGACCUCAGAGACGGCAGGAAGAUGUCCGCGGAUUUUCACGUGGACCUAAACCACACUGCCGUCAGGCAGAUGCUCUCGGGGGCGUCCGUGGCUCUGGAAAACGGAAACAUCGACACGGUCACCCCGCGGCAGCUAGAAGAACCGCGUGUCAAGGGAUUUCCAGAGGAAUGGCUGAAAUUUCCGAAGCAGGCCAUAUUCUCUGUAAGCAAUCCACAUUCUGACAUUGUUUUGGUGGCCAAAAUCGAGAAAGUUCUGACGGGAAACAUUGCCAGCGGGGCUGAGCCUUACAUUAAGAACCCAGACUCUAACAAGUAUGCACAAAAGAUACUCAAAUCCAACAGGCAAUUCUGCAGCAAGUUGGGGAAAUACCGCAUGCCCUUUGCCUGGGCAGUGAGAUCAGUAUUUAAGGACAACCAGGGAAAUGUGGACAGAGACUCAAGAUUUUCACCAUUAUAUAGACAAGAAAGUAGCAAGAUUUCAACCGAGGACCUACUUAAACUUGUGUCAGAUUAUAGAAGGGCGGACAGAGUAAGCAAAAUGCAGACCAUCCCCGGAAGCCUGGAUAUUGCUGUUGAUAACGUUCCUUUGGAGCAUCCAAACUGUGUCACGUCGUCCUUUAUCCCUGUCAAGCCUUUCAAUGUGACGGCUCCACCAGAGCCCACGGUGGAGGUGGAAGAGUUUGUUUACGACUCAACAAAGUAUUGCCGUCCUUACAGAGUAUACAAAAACCAAAUUUACAUUUAUCCCAAGCACCUCAAGUAUGACAGCCAGAAAUGUUUCAACAAGGCACGAAAUAUAACCGUGUGCGUUGAAUUCAAAAAUUCUGACGAAGAAGGUGCCAAGCCUGUGAAGUGUAUUUAUGGAAAACCUGGAGGGCCCCUCUUCACCACAGCCGCCUACACAGCAGUUCUGCACCAUUCCCAGAAUCCGGAUUUCUCAGACGAGGUGAAAAUUGAGCUACCAACAAAACUCCAUGAGAAGCACCACAUUCUGUUUUCUUUUUAUCAUGUCACCUGUGACAUAAAUGCGAAAGCGAACACCAAAAAGAAGGAGGCUCUGGAAACACCAGUUGGCUAUGCGUGGCUUCCUCUGAUGAAACAUGAUCAGAUAGCUUCUCAAGAGUACAAUAUCCCAGUAGCUACAAGCCUGCCUCCUAAUUACUUAAGCUUUCAAGAUUCUGCAAGUGGAAAGCAUGGUGGGAGUGACAUGAAAUGGGUGGAUGGUGGCAAACCACUUUUCAAAGUAUCAACAUUUCUUGUGUCAACAGUGAAUACUCAGGACCCGUAUGUGAAUGCAUUUUUCCGAGAGUGCCAAAAAAGAGAGAAAGAUAUGUCUCAGUCACCUACCUCGAAUUUCAUCCGCUCUUGUAAGAACUUAUUGAAUGUGGAAAAGAUUCAUGCAAUCAUGAGUUUUCUGCCUGUAAUCUUGAACCAGCUCUUCAAGGUUUUGGUACAGAAUGAGGAAGACGAAAUAUGUACAGCGGUAACCAGGGUUCUGACUGACAUCGUCGCCAAGUGCCACGAAGAGCAGUUGGACCACUCUGUCCAGUCGUACAUUAAGUUUGUGUUCAAGACCAGGGCAUGCAAGGAGAGAACGAUACACGAGGAACUGGCCAAAAAUGUGACUGGUCUUUUGAAAUCAAAUGACUGGGCAACAAUUAAGCAUGUUCUGAAGCACUCCUGGUUCUUCUUUGCAAUUAUCCUAAAAUCCAUGGCACAGCACUUGAUGGACACAAAUAAAAUUCAGCUUUCUCGAGCUCAAAGGUUCCCUGAAUCUUACCACAAUGAACUGGACAAUCUUGUGAUGGUCGUAGCUGAUCACGUGAUCUGGAAAUACAAAGACGCCGUUGAGGAAACAAGACGGGCCAACCACAGCACUGCCAGGCUUCUGAAGCGCUGCUUUACAUUUAUGGACCGGGGCUUUGUGUUUAAGAUGGUUAACAAUUACAUCAGCAUGUUCUCCUCUGGUGAACUCAAGACCUUAUGCCAGUAUAAAUUUGAUUUUCUUCAAGAAGUAUGUCAGCAUGAGCACUUUAUCCCUUUGUGUCUCCCCAUAAGAUCAGCAAACAUUCCAGAUCCUUUGACACCUUCAGAAUCAACUCAAGAGUUACAUGCAUCAGAUAUGCCUGAAUAUUCGGUCACGAAUGAAUUUUGCCGCAAGCACUUCUUAAUCGGGAUUCUGCUCCGAGAAGUUGGCUUUGCUCUGCAGGAAGACCAAGACAUCAGGCACUUAGCUUUAGCUGUCCUAAAAAACCUAAUGGCUAAGCACUCAUUUGAUGAUCGAUACAGAGAACCAAGGAAGCAGGCCCAGGUGGCAAGUCUAUACAUGCCCCUCUAUGGCAUGCUUCUGGACAACAUGCCAAGGAUCUACCUGAAGGACUUGUAUCCUUUCACGGUCAAUACAUCGAACCAGGGGUCUAGAGAUGACCUCAGCUCCAAUGGAGGAUUUCACAGCCAGUCAGCUAUGAAGCAUGCGAACUCUGUGGAUACUUCAUUUUCUAAAGAUGUCUUAAAUUCCAUAGCAGCAUUUUCAUCAAUAGCUAUUUCUACAGUAAACCAUGCUGAUUCCAGAGCAUCUUUAGCAAGUCUUGACUCCAACCCAAGUACCAAUGAGAAGAGCAGUGAGAAGACUGACAACUGUGAAAAGAUCCCAAGACCCUUGUCUUUGAUAGGCUCAACACUUCGAUUUGACAAAUUAGAUCAAGCAGAAACUAGGAGUCUUCUUAUGUGCUUUCUUCACAUUAUGAAGAAUAUUUCAGAGGAAACUCUGAUUGCCUACUGGCAAAGAGCACCCGGUCCAGAGGUGUCUGACUUCUUCAGCAUCUUGGACGUUUGUCUUCAAAAUUUCAGAUACCUAGGAAAACGCAAUAUCAUAAGGAAAAUUGCUGCUGCAUUUAAAUUUGUUCAGUCCACCCAGAACAAUGGGACUCUCAAAGGAUCGAAUCCUUCCUGCCAAACAUCAGGUCUCCUGUCACAAUGGAUGAAUACCAAUUCCAGUCAUGAAGGACAUAAGCAGCCCAGAUCCCAAACUUUACCUAUAAUUCGAGGCAAAAAUGCACUUUCUAAUCCUAAACUCUUACAGAUGUUAGACAACACCAUGACCAGCAACUCAAAUGAAAUAGACAUCGUGCACCAUGUGGACACAGAGGCCAACGUAGCUACAGAGGUUUGCCUGACGAUCCUAGACCUGCUGUCUCUCUUCACUCAGAUGCACCAGAGACAACUCCAACAAUCUGAAUGUCAAAAUUCAUUGAUGAAAAGAGUGUUCGAUACCUACAUGCUGUUUUUCCAAGUCAACCAGUCGGCCACAGCGCUGAAGCACGUGUUUGCCUCUCUGCGGCUGUUUGUAAGCAAGUUCCCUUCAGCGUUCUUCCAGGGGCCUGCCGACCUGUGUGGAUCCUUCUGCUACGAAGUCCUCAAGUGCUGUAACCACAGGUCACGGUCAACCCAGACAGAAGCAUCAGCACUUCUCUACUUUUUCAUGAGGAAGAAUUUUGAAUUCAACAAGCAGAAGUCAAUUGUCCGAUCUCACUUACAACUCAUCAAGGCCGUCAGUCAGUUAAUAGCUGACGCCGGGAUUGGAGGCUCUCGGUUUCAACAUUCCCUGGCGAUUACGAAUAACUUUGCGAAUGGAGACAAACAAAUGAAAAACAGCAAUUUCCCAGCAGAAGUGAAAGACCUGACCAAACGCAUAAGGACCGUUCUGAUGGCCACGGCGCAGAUGAAGGAGCACGAGAAGGACCCCGAGAUGCUGGUGGAUCUGCAGUACAGUCUGGCGAACUCCUACGCCAGCACGCCCGAGCUCCGGAGGACCUGGCUGGAAAGCAUGGCCAAGAUUCACGCGAGAAACGGAGACUUGUCCGAGGCUGCGAUGUGCUACAUCCACAUAGCCGCCCUCAUCGCAGAGUACCUGAAAAGAAAGGGUUACUGGAACAUGGAAAAGAUUUGCACACCACCCCUGCUCUCGGAGGAUAGCCACCCCUGCGAUAGCAAUCCAUUACUAACACGUCCCGGUGGAGGAAGCAUGUUUUCUAUGGGCUGGCCAGCUUUCCUGAGCAUUACCCCAAAUAUUAAAGAAGAAGGAGCAAUGAAAGAAGAUUCUGGAAUGCAAGACACGCCAUACAAUGAGCACAUCCUGGUGGAGCAGCUGUACAUGUGUGUGGAGUUUCUCUGGAAGUCUGAGAGAUACGAACUCAUCGCUGACGUCAACAAGCCCAUCAUUGCUGUCUUCGAGAAGCAGAGAGACUUCAAAAAAUUAUCAGAUCUUUACUAUGACAUUCACCGGUCGUAUCUGAAGGUGGCGGAGGUGGUGAACUCCGAGAAGCGACUGUUUGGUCGGUACUACCGCGUGGCAUUUUAUGGGCAGGGUUUCUUUGAAGAAGAAGAAGGUAAAGAGUAUAUUUAUAAGGAGCCUAAGCUGACUGGGCUCUCCGAGAUUUCCCAAAGACUGCUCAAGCUGUAUGCAGAUAAAUUCGGAGCUGACAAUGUAAAGAUAAUCCAGGAUUCCAACAAGGUAAACCCCAAGGACUUGGACCCCAAGUAUGCCUACAUCCAGGUGACCUACGUCACGCCCUUCUUUGAGGAAAAGGAGAUAGAGGACCGGAAGACGGAUUUCGAAAUGCAUCACAACAUCAACCGCUUCGUGUUCGAGACGCCGUUCACGCCGUCGGGCCGGAAGCACGGGGGCGUGGACGAGCAGUGCAAGCGCAGGACCGUGCUGACCACCAGUCACUUGUUUCCCUAUGUGAAGAAGAGAAUCCAGGUCAUAAGCCAGUCGAGCACAGAACUGAACCCUAUUGAAGUGGCCAUUGACGAGAUGUCCAAGAAAGUCUCUGAGCUUAACCAGCUCUGCACCAUGGAAGAGGUGGACAUGAUCCGACUGCAGCUGAAGCUCCAAGGGAGUGUCAGCGUGAAGGUUAAUGCUGGGCCAAUGGCCUAUGCACGAGCUUUUCUUGAAGAAACCAAUGCAAAGAAAUACCCCGACAACCAAGUGAAGCUUUUGAAGGAAAUCUUCAGGCAAUUUGCAGAUGCGUGUGGGCAGGCCCUGGACGUGAAUGAGCGCCUCAUCAAGGAAGACCAGCUGGAGUACCAGGAAGAACUGAGGUCCCAUUACAAGGACAUGCUCAGUGAGCUCUCCGCAAUCAUGAAUGAGCAGAUUACGUGCAGGGACGAGUCGUCAAAGCGAGGAGUGGAGCGCACCUGCUCUCGAAUAAUUAGCAAGGGGACCCCAGCUCUGCCCACUGUCUCCAUCUCACUCAGCGCGGACGUUUGAGCAAAGUCUGCGGCAGCAGAUGCACCUCUAAGGGAACUCUCUGAACGUGCAGCUAAUCUCGGGGAAGAGAAGAUAGAUUUAAUUUAUUCGAAGUUUUUAAUGUUAAUAUUUUUUUUACCUCGCUAGCUUGAGAAUUUUGCCAAUCUUUGGAUUUGCACAUUUCGUAUGAUUUCUUUUUUUCCUUCGAGCAGCGUUAAACAAGCCAAGCUGAAUAUUUGCCGUGAAAUUCCAAUAAAUAUGCAGCUCAAAAGCAAACCCUAAGUUUGCUGUCGGUUACAAUACAUUCAAUUCCAAGUCCUAGGACACACAUUUUAAAGGUCAAAGUGAAUGUUUUUGCAACAGUUAAGCAUAUUUCAAAUGUAAAUAGGAGAUUGUAAGAUAUAUGGUUUUUACCAAAUUUAAAAGAACCUUUUUAGUUAAUACUUAUGACGUGCUAAAAUUAUAUGGAUAACAUUUCAGAUACCAUUAUAUUAAAAUAUUUGUGUAUGUGUACAAAAGUGUUGAUAAAUACUAAUCUUUAAAGUUUCUGGAGUUCCUUUAUUUGUAAUAUAUGUGCUCUUAAAAACAUUGGGCUAUGAAAUUAUGGAAGUAUUUUGUUGUUAAUAGAAAUAAAAAAUACAGUUACUUUGCA